CACAGUCUGUCCAGUGCGUAAAGAGCGCAGAGCAGCGCAGCACAGAGACUCUCCAAACUGUGUUCCUCCACCGCCGCGCCGGGAUUACUUGAUUCCUCUCCGUCUGAACAGACCUGCUCUCUAAAUGAAGCUUGGCUCUUCUUCGUGAUUUCUUCGCCAUGAGCUGCUUGGAUGUGAUGUACCAAGUGUUUGGUCCUCAGCCUUAUUUCAGCUCCUACAGCCCCUAUCACCACCAGAAACUGGCCUUGUAUUCCAAAAUGCAAGACCCCCAGGACGGCAGCAGCCGGCUCGGCCCCCUGGGUCCCCCGGGGCCCCUGGCGAUUAAAGAGGAAGACAAGGAGCUGCCGCCGGGCGCCGAGUACCUGAACUCCCGCUGCGUCCUCUUCACUUACUUCCAGGGUGAUAUCAGCGCUGUGGUGGACGAACACUUCAGCCGAGCCCUCAGCCAGCCGGCGGCGUACCCCGCCUCGACCAGCCACAAGGCCGUAAGAGAUGGAUCAUUCCCUAUGAGCCAAAGAAGUUUCCCUCCGUCUUUCUGGAACAGUUCCUACCAGCCGUCAGUCUCCUCCGCGCUGGGCAGCGCUCUGUCAGCCCCCCACACAGAGCUCUCCUUCCCCGGGGACCCGUACUCCUCCGCCUCCCUGCACAGCCACCUCCACCAGCCCAGCCCCGACGCCUGGCACCCGUCCCAUCACCACCACCAUCACCACCAUCACCCUUACUCACUAGGUGGCGCCAUAGGCACCCAGGGUUCGGCCUACCCGCGUCCGGGGGUGCACGAGAUGUACGGCACGGCGUUCGACCCGCGCUACAGCUCGCUGCUGGUGCCGUCAGUGAGGCCUCAUCACCGCCUGACGUCCGGCAGCUCGGUACCGGGGCCCAGCACUUCGCCCUGUGACCUCGGGGGGAAGGGGGAGUCGGGGACGGGGUCGGGUUGGAGCGGCACCUUCACAGGAGCCAGCGCAGAGAUCGGACUCAACAUGGACACAGCUCUGUGUUACGGCGGACUGUGCAGCAGCAGCGCAGCCCUGCUGAGCUGAACGCCGCCGACAGUGUGGAUAAGAAGCAAAGCGAGCGUGGAAACACAAAAAAAAAAAAGUGGGACUCGCAGAAGAGGAGCGAGAGAAUCUGAUCUUGACGGAUGUGGACAAAGACAAGACUCUUUGUGCUUCUGUAACAGGCAGGGACAACAUUCCUAAACUGGAAAAAGUCUGGGGACAGACGGACAGAGACACAUGUGUUGUCAAACUCCAAAAGACAAGCGCUUGAAGGACUUGGCAGGACUUGCCUCACUGGGACAACUGGGCUACAGACACUGGGAGUGUUAUGGCUGGAGGAAAGGCCGCGUUGGUGUUGAGGAGGCCGCACAGCAAGAAUUUGGCAGAAGGAGAAAUCAGGAGUCCAAACACUUUGGUUUACAUGGAGUAUUGGUUCAAUGUCAACCAUAAAAAACCCUUUGUCAGUAUGUGAUGGCACCGUAAAAAUUUAAAUUAAAUUAGUUUUGGUUAUUGUUUUCAACUGAUAUCAAAAGAUAUCUAAGUCACAAUUUCACAAAGUGUUGAACAGCAACAAAAAACUAUGUGUCCCAUUUCCACACACACAGAAACACCAGGUCUAAGCAGUAUGUGGUGUGUUCACACUGGCAAAAUAAGCAACAGGAAGAUCUUGCAAAAUAAGAAAAGAAGUAUUAAAUUCUUGAAAAAAAACAACAACAAUGUGUUUUCUUUGUGAAGUUGAAUUGGCUUUCCAAAGUGGCAGUUUGACGUCUAUCAUCACACACAAGUACAAAGUUAAAUACAUGAGUUCCUCUUUACUAACUGCAGAAACAGUUACUACAGUAUAAAACAUGACAUUUAGUUUACUAAUAGUAUAAAACUGGAUCACAGUUUUUGUUUCAGUUGGUGCAACAUUCACACAUCCAACACCUAUUCAGUGUAACGUUGUUUGUUCGGCUGUGACCGAUAAAGCAUCGGUUUGGUGAUCCGCGGUUCAAAAGACAUCUUUGCUGAAUCUGGUUAAAUAUAACAAUCUGUGCAACAUAUAAAACCCUUCAGUUCACAUCUUCUACUGUAGACAGACAGAAGAAGCAGA